AUGGAAUUCGUCACAAUAUUGGGGAUGGAAAAGACACCUCUAUCUGGCUGCAACCCAUGGCUUGUCGGGAAUGGGAACCCGAUCAUUCUGACCUCGAGGCCUAUCGACUCGGCUUUUCCCAACUCGAUGAGCUAUUUAAUUAUUCCAAACACUCGAUUGUGGGAUUGGAAUCUGGCGAAAUCCGGAAACUUUACAGUAAAAUCUUGCUAUCAUCAUAAACUUUCCGUUUUGCUGACAUGGUUCUCCACUGCAGCGGGUAGGGUUGGUCGAAGUGGCUUUCCCCAUAGCAAUUGGAAGGUCAUAUGGAAAAUGAAAAUUCCUCUGAAAAUCAGGAUUUUUCUGUGGCUGGCAUGCUCCAGUAUUAUUCCGACUAAGGCGGCUCUUUUCAAGCAACAGAGAACAUUUUCAAACAAAACUCGUCUCGUACGUGCUGUGGCUUUAGCUACAGCCGGGUCGGGGGUAGUUGGCUUUACCAAUUCUUCAGAUUAUAAUACAUCAGUAUCGGUCUCAAUACCUUUACUUAGGGAUUCGCUACCAUGGCCAUGGAGAACUAUAAAAGAGAACAUCCACAAUUCGGCAACAUUUACUCACUCAAACCAUUCACUCUAUGGUGCUUCUCCACUAUUUUUUUCAAGACCAGAUCCUGCGCCAGAUGCUAAUAUUAGUAAUGGAGCUGACAUUGGAGAUAGUCCCAAACGUUCGUGCAACUGUCUCGGUCGGGACACUAUUGCGAAUGCAGCUACUAAGGUUGCUCCUGCUGUUGUCCAUUUGUCGGUACCACAAGGUUUUCACGGUAUAACUCUUGGUAGGAGCGUUGGAUCAGGAACUAUUAUAAAUGAAGAUGGUACUAUCCUAACUUGUGCUCAUGGCUUGGUUAAUUUUCAAGGAUUGAGGUCUUCAUCUAAGGAAAAGAUCGAGGUGACUUUGCAAGAUGGUAGGUCAUUCGAGGGUACAGUGGUAAAUGUUGACGUACAUGCUGAUGUAGCAAUACUGAAGAUUAAAUCUAAAAUCCCACUCCCAACAGCAAAACUCGGGAGUUCUAGUAACAUUCGCCCAGGAGAUUGGGUGUUGGCUAUGGGUUGUCCCCUUACCCUUCAGAAUACCGUUACAGCAGGUAUUGUAAGUUGUGUUGAUCGUAAAAGUAGUGAGUUGGGUCUUGGAGGUAUGCACAGGGAGUAUUUGCAGACUGAUUGUGCAAUAAAUCAGGGUAAUUCUGGUGGUCCUCUUGUGAAUGUUGAUGGAGAAGUUGUAGGCAUCAAUAUCAUGAAAGUCUUGGGAGCUGAUGGGUUAAAUUUUGCUGUCCCGAUUGACUCCGUUUCAAAAAUUAUAGAGCACUUCAAGAAGAAUGGGAGAGUUGUCCGACCUUGGCUUGGUUUGAAAAUGCUUGAUCUCAAUUCCAUAAUUGUCGAAAAUCUCAAGGAAAGAAACGCUUCAUUUCCUGACGUCGGCAGAGGAGUUCUUGUACCAAUGGUGUUCCCUGGUUCCCCAGCUGAUCGUGCUGGAUUUCUUCCUGGAGAUGUAGUUGUUGAAUUUGGAGGAAGACCUAUCGGAAGCAUUAAGGAGAUCAUCGAAAUAAUGGGAGAUAAAAUUGGAAAACCUUUCAAGGCUGUUGUGAAAAGGAAAAAUAACGUUACCGAGACUCUGACUGUGAUUCCUGAAGAAGUAAAUCCAGAUAUGUGACUGACUAGUUGGUCUUUUGUUUUCUUCUUUUCUAGUUUUCAUUUGUUGUUAGGAAGAGGAAAAUGAGCCAGAGAUAUCAUAUCGCGUGAUUUACAAAAAAAAAAACAAAAAAAAAAAAAAAAACGGGCGAGCGACUUCUUAAUGGGGCAGAUGGUAAACGAUGUCGUUUAGGAGAAGAUUAGUAAUAGUUCUGUAAUCAUCUCAUUUACUAAUGGAUAGAUUGAAGUUGAUAAAAGUUACUCUUUAAUGUCAAUAUUAUUUUCUCGCUCUA